AUAGAUAAUGUUUUUCAAGUUUUCUUGUUUUUAUACGUACGCAUGUUGUUAGAAAGCAAAACCAGAACAAUAAUAACAAAAAGCGAUUAUACAGUGCAUGGUUACGACGAGUUAAUGCUGACGAAGUCGUCUGUUAAUCAUGUUUAAUUUCAGUAACGGGAUAAUUAGGACCGUUCUGCUGCAGGAAUGCAAUGUAACCCUUAAUCAAACUCAGGAGUUUAGGGGAGACAAACAAAGCCACUGAGGAGGAGCCUUAUUGCCAAUUGUCUUGAUGUUGGAAAUCCUAUCAAUAAUGAUACAAUUGUAAUAAAUGUAUAAUUUCUUUGCAUGUAAUUUCCAUUACUUUUAGGGGUGAAUGAAAGUCUACGUACACGACAAGGUUCAAUAUCACAGAACGCGGUGAUGGAUUCAGUUAUUAAUUGGGAACAAUGGAAAAUAAUGAACGAGACGAGGUGGAAAAACUGAAAUCGAUGUUUGUGUCGGCAUGGCACAAUGUACAGUACAGUUGGAUACUGAAAACAAAGACAUAUUUUAGCAGGAAUUCGCCUGUUUUUCUCUUGGGAAAAUGUUAUCAUUUUAAGGUCGAAGCCUCUGUGGAGAGCGUCGCGGGGAGCUGCAGUGGCGAGGCCUCGGAAAGGGAGCUUGUUAUCGGCAGCGUGGUGGAGUUUCGUCGGGACUUUGCCUCUCGAAUCUGGCUGACGUACCGAGAGCAGUUCCCUCAGAUCCAGGGCUCCAGCUUCACCUCAGACUGCGGCUGGGGCUGCACGCUCCGGACUGGGCAGAUGCUGCUGGCUCAGGGCCUGGUGCUUCAUCUCUUAGGCAGAGACUGGACCUGGUCUCAUGCCUUAAAGAUGGAUGGACUGGACACAGAGUCAUGGACCGCCAGCGCAGCCAGGAAGCUUGUUUCCUCUUUCGAGUCAUCGUUUCAGGGACCGAAACCCCCAGAAAGCCACACUCGAGCUCCUGGGAGAGUGGAGGAAGCAAGCACCCACCUGAACUGUGUUUAUCACCGCAAAAUAGUGUCCUGGUUUGCGGACUGCCCUACGGCGCAGAUUGGUGUGCACAGGCUCAUUGAGCUCGGGCACGCGUCUGGAAAGUCAGCUGGGGACUGGUAUGGGCCAGCCGUGGUCGCCCACAUACUCGGAAAAGCUGUUAAGGAAGCAACAGACCCUGAAUUACAAGGCAUAACAGUUUACGUUGCUCAGGACUGCACAGUUUACAGUGCUGAUGUUAUUGAUAGCCUCCAGAAACCUGCUCAGGGCCCAGAAACUGAAACCAGAGUCAACAGAAAAGCUGUAAUUAUCCUUAUACCCGUGAGGCUCGGUGGAGAAAAAACCAACCCGGAAUACUUUGACUUUGUAAAGGGCAUUUUAAGUCUUGAAUAUUGCAUUGGGAUCAUUGGUGGAAAGCCUAAACAGGCAUAUUACUUCGUUGGAUUUCAAGAUGACAGUUUGAUUUACAUGGAUCCUCAUUACUGCCAGUCUUUUGUAGAUGUCAGCAUGAACGGUUUCCCACUCGAGUCAUUCCAUUGUCCCUCGCCUAAAAAAAUGCCAUUUACUAAAAUGGACCCAAGCUGCACCAUCGGGUUUUACACAAGAAGUGUACAAGACUUUGCAAAGAUCAGUGAAGAAAUAGCAAAGGUGCUCAAACACUCGACUAAAGAGAAGUAUCCAGCGUUUACCUUCGUAAAAGGCCAUGGGCGUGAUUAUGAUUAUGAACAAAGUGAAUCGACUUCAGAAGGGGAACCCAGGUAUCCAAAAUACAGCCCAGGAGAUUUUGUCUUGCUGUGAGGGUACAGCCGGCACACGACUGUGUUCUUCAGUGCAGAGGACCGAGGAGGAAACUCUUUGGGCCACCUUUUCAAAACGUUUACUCAGUUCUUUAAUUCACUCCUGAAUUCUUUUUUUAAAGAGGUAAAAUGUGUUUUACAAAACCUAGUACUAUAAUCCAAGCUCCGUUCUGCUCCCUCAAGGUGUUGGAUUCUCGUUUUGUAAAAUUCACAUGAUUAAAAAAAAUAAAUAAAUAAUAAUCUCCUUUUAAAAAAACAUCUAUUUUGGAAGCGGGUGAUUUAAAUCCUUAACUUUUUUUUUACUAAUGGUCUGCUAUGUUCAGAAUAAACAGUUUAACAUGACAUUGUGUAUAACUAAAAGAAGCGUACCCUGUCAUAAGCCAUGUCUGCCUCUUUGAAAAUGAAGGCACUAAUUGGGAUAGUGUGUAUCUGCGUGUGUGCCUGUGCGUGUUUGUAUUUGUGUGUGUCUGAACUCGCACCCCAUUCUGCAUUUAAGAUGCAAGCUACCCUGUAAGCUGGAUUACGAUCCACAGGAACAAAAUGAAGUGUGUAAUUGUUUGUAUAAAUAAACAGUGGUCUGCUCUCCUCCUCGCAGCAUGAAAUGUGAAAUAAAGAGGCGCACCAAGCUGCAUUGUAUGCAUUAGUAAGUAAGCCUGUGCUUCUCUCGUUAUUUAAUGGCAAACGCGAUGAAGGAAUUCUCUGUGGAAUGUUUGUAGGCCAACAGGGCAUUUUAAAGCACAGUGUCAAAACAUCUUCUGUACGCACUUAGUAUUAGAAGUGCAGGAAGAUGUACAGCCUCUGUGUCCAUCACUGAUAGCUGUAGUACAGUGUACUGUAAUGCAAAGCUCUGCUAGUUAACCCACUCAAUUGUUGUGCACAUUCAUUCAUUGCAACAGUGUAUAUUGGCACCUCAUGUAUUGUCCCUACACUCCCUUGUUUGCCUAUGCUUGUUAAAUGAAUCCUAGGAUGUGCAGGCAUUGUGUUCUAUGUGAUCUUACUAGAAUGGAAUAGAAGGCAUAUUUUGAAAUAAAAACACACGCACACACAUGAUUUUUCAGAAGUGCAGCAAAAUCAAGCACAAAGUUGGCAUUAGUGCUAAAUAACUACUACAGCUACGAUAGACUAUGUUGUAAAUGUUGUUUUUCCUGCUUAUUAAAUUAAUAAAACUACUAGAAUUUACGUUGUGA